CCACACUAGGGUCCGGAGGAGCAAUGGUUACCCGGGACCGAGCUGAGAAUCGAGAGGGUCCCAAGAUGCUGAAGCCGCUGGUGGAGAAGCGGCGCCGGGACCGCAUCAACCGCAGCCUGGAGGAGCUGAGGCUGUUGCUGCUGGAGCGCACGCGGGACCAGAACCUCCGGAACCCGAAGCUGGAGAAGGCGGAGAUCUUGGAGUUCGCCGUGGGCUACUUGAGGGAGCGCAGCCGGGUGGAGCCCCCGGGGGUUCCCCGGUCCCCAGGCCAGGACGCCGAGGCGCUCGCCAGCUGUUAUUUGUCCGGCUUCCGCGAGUGCCUGCUCCGCUUGGCGGCCUUCGCGCACGACGCCAGCCCGGCCGCCCGCGCCCAGCUCUUCUCCGCGCUGCACGGCUACCUGCGCCCCAAACCGCCCCGGCCCGAGCCGCCGCUAGACCCGAGGCCUCCGGCGCCGCGCCCACCGCUGGACCCCGCCGCACCGGCCUUCGGUCCCGCGCUGCACCAGCGCCCCGCGGCACACCAGGGCCCCCCUAGCCCGCGCUGCGCAUGGUCCCCAGCCCUCCGCUCGCCCCGCGCCGGGGAUUGCGGCGCGCCGGCACCCCUCACCGGACUGCUGCCGCCGCCGCCUCACAGACAAGACGGGGCGCCCAAGGCCCCGGCGCUCCCGCCGCCCGCUUUCUGGAGACCUUGGCCCUGAGCUUUGGCGGGGGUGGGGGCGGGAGGUGGGGGUGGGGGCUGGGGGUGAGGUUGAGACUCCGGCCCGAGGGCAGCAAGAGGGACCCCGGGCGUCCGGGCGGGGAGGUGUUGGGGAGGGCGGUGGGGCGCGCGGGCGCAGCGCGCGGGUGAGAUGUGGUCUAUAUUAGAGUAUCUAUAUAAAUAUAUAUUUUCCUGCUCCUGUCCCCUUUCCCUGCCCACCUCUUCCCCGCUCCCUUGGCGUCUAGGAUUGUACCCGCUCUGUCCCCGACCCGGUCCCAGUCCCUUCCCGAGUCCUUAGUGCAUGGAAUAAAGUGGUUCUGAAAUCCCGUGUGUCCCUGAGCCAGGGGCCUGCCUUUAUCUCGGCGUCCAUCCACGCCCACUGCCCCUUCCCUUCUGGCAUCUACCCCCUCCUCUCCACCCCCAGUCCUGCUCUCCGCGGCCCAAACCUCCGGGCAGAC